AUGGAUAGACCAGACGCGAGAAGGAACUCCUCUGGAAAGGGAUUCCAAGGAAAUGACGCUGCGGCCAAAGAUGUGGUGAAAAGUGUGGGAAAAGGUAAAAAUCGCACCAAUGAGAUCCACGCAACUAAAGUAACGAACAGGCUGAGCGGGAAGGUAGUUGACGAUACGUUUACAGUAGAGCUGGCAGCACUGAAGGAAAAAGUUCGGCAACUGGAGGCAGAGAUCAAGAGUGUCAAACUCCAGGGCUAG